UACGAGUUCGGCAAGGCCAUUCUGUGGAUGCAGACCCCGGACGGGCCGGCAGGGAGGCCGUUCUGGUGGGCGGCGUCCGUGUCCGCAUUCAGCGGCAACAUCAAGCCUGCAGCGCUCGCCUCCUUGCGAGACCGAAUGACGCUCAGGUUAGUAAUUAUUCCGGAGCUGCGGCACGCGCUCAUCACGCGCGCUGGCUUCGUGAAACCCGCCGGCACAAUGUUCAAGAACGAAGACCGUGACUACGUGGCCGACGAGCAGGUCAUGUACUCGCAGUGGGACCUUGAAGAGCUGGACUACCUGGACACAACGCCCUUCAGGGAAGCGGUAAUGGGGUGCCGGUGGGAGGUGGACUGUGACGAAGCCACCCCCACGAUCCGGGUCUGGGACAGGGGGGCUGAACCGCGGACUCUGCCCAAGAAGGAGAAGCUCCCGGCCGCCCCCUAUCUGUCAGCCUCGGUCGUGGAGUCGAUUGUAAACCCCCCCCGCUCCCUGGAACUAUGGGACCGCAAGAUCGUCCUCCAAAUCCGCCCGGACUCCCGCCUGGCUGUCAUGGCGGUCCGAACGGACACCGCGCACCCGGGGGUACUUGGGGAGAAGUUCCCCCCCAUUUCCGCCAUCACAGACCGCCUGGGUUGGGUGACCUCCAGCAGCCAAGAAUUCGACUUGACGGAGCGACCGGUCCAUCUAGUCAUGUAUCUAGCUGCGUGCGCGAGGGAGGUGGUCGGAGACGCGCGCGCGCUCGAGUCGUCAGUCAGGGCGGCGACACAACUGAUGUCAGACCUUCUCAGGUUUGACGGAACAGUGGGGAUCGCGGUUCUACCGGGCGAUACCCCGCUCGACUGGAUUGCAUCCGGUCUACAGAUAGUCGCCCGCAGGGUCAUCUGCUUGGUCCCCAAGAAACUGGAGGAAAGCUCCAUAACAGGACCCGCCCUCAUCACGAUAGUCUUAACUCACUUAAGUCCUAACGAAUUGUCUUUCUACUCUCAGAAGGGGUUCGGGAAGUUCGAGAAGUGGGGAGACAGUGGGACGAUGUACCAGGUCGUCUACUUGACUCCAGUCGGGUCCGAGCUGGAGCUCCCCGACCAGUCCAAGCAGUACGGGUUCGGGCUGACCCACAAGAGGUUCAAGCACGCCGGCACGUUCACGACCAGUCCGUGCACAGCGGACCCAGAGAGCCGGCCCCUGGAGACCAUCAACAACAUUCUCGAGGGCGCCGUCCCCUCUGCGACUGGGAGCACGGUAGCUGUGGUUUUAGGGGAGGAGAACGGGUACACGACAGCUGCCCUGCUGAGAAGAAACAUGCUGGUGGUGUCGGUACUUAGCCGCAGGCUGCACGUGUGGAUGGGGUCUAAGGGGCGGAGGAUCAGAUCCACGCCCAUCGACAUGACGUUCGCCGAGCGGGCGAUGGCGUACCGGGCGGGGCAAAAGCUUCCUGACGAGUUCGACCCGCUGCCAGCAGCCCCCGCAGAGACUACCACAGCACCCUCCUCGAAGACAGCCGGGACGGCAACAUCUCGAAAGGGGAAGGAAAAGGUAGCUUCGACGGGGGGAAAGCAAGGGACGGAGAAGAAGACAGGGCCCAGUGCGUCUGGGAAGGGGGGCAAGUCGGGGAAAGUCACCGGGGGCAAGAAGGGGCCAGCAGGCGCCGUGUCAGGCUCUGGAAAGAAAAACGCGGCGAGCGGUGCGGCGGCAGCCGCUAAGAAGGAGCCCGCGAAGAGGAAGGGUCCUGUUGCGGCGGAAAAAGAGGGUGAGAAGGCAGGAGGGAGCGAGCCCAAAGAGAAGAAACAACGGCAGAGGAAAGAGAAGGGGGGAACGGCGGAGGGAACGGCAGAGGGCGGCGGAGAGGGCCCUGCUAAGGACACGAAGGCCAAGGGGAGGAAGAGAAAGUCCGAGGGGGAAGGGGGGGAGAAAAGAAAGAACGGAAGAAGCGAAACAAGGGGGGGGAGAAGGGCGGAGAAAAACCGGCCGAAGGGGGUGGAGGUGGACCGUCGGCCGUCAGCGAUGAGGCGACCGAGAGCAGCCAGAGAGCGCCACGUGAGGAGUCACCAGCCCCUAGCCAUGCCGAGGCCUUGGCUUUUGUCGAUUACCUGA